GUUUACUCAUAUAACUAAUCAUAAUAAUUAAAAUGACUAAAUUCGGAUAAGAUCUGUGUUAUCUGAUAUUCAUAUCAGUGAAAUGUGAAAAGCAGUAUUAGUAAAACUGUGUUAUUAAAAAAUAAAAAUGUUUAAAAUUGAAUCCUAUAUCACACCUAUACUUUUGAGUUAUGUUGACAAGUAUGUUCGUGACUUCAAACCUGCCAAUGCCCAAGUAUCCCUAUGGGCUGGUGGGGUUACACUGCACAAUCUUGUGCUUAAAGCAGAUGUAUUGCAGAAAGAAGUAGCUCUACCAUUCACAUUAUUGUCUGGACGUAUACAUCAGCUCCUCAUACAAGUACCAUGGACAAAAAUUAUGUCAGAACCUAUAGUUGUGACUAUUGACACAAUAGAAUGUAUCUUAAGUCUAAAUCCUCCAGCUGAUGAAUCAACACCAUGGGAAGCUCACAGGGCUCAAGUGGUAGAUACGCCGCCAGGAUACAUGCAGGCACUGGUACGCCGCAUUGUGAGCAAUAUUGCUGUGCGGGUGAACUCAUUGAUCGUAAAAUAUGUCCAUGAUGACAUUGUGCUCUCCUUGAAUGUGAAGAGGCUCUCAAUUGACAGCGUGGGGGUUAAUUGGGAGCCGGCAUUUGCAGAUAUAGAUCAAAAUCAACCCGCCAUUAGGAGGAUAGUCCGCCUUGAUGAUCUCACUCUAUGUCUUGAUAGGGCAGAUUCUGAUGGCAAGAUCAGAUUCUUUUAUGAACCACUCUUGUAUCGUUGUCAAAUGGAUAUAAGGGUAUUGACAAGACUUGUAUCAGCUAGUACUCGUAGAGCUCGCAGUUUGUGCGUCGAAUUGCUAUGUAACCGCCUGGCGUGGGGACUUAAUGGAGACCAACUUGUGCUUCUAUUGCGAUUGCUGAGGGAAAGAGCACCCUUUGAAGUGAACUUGCCUUCACCUAUUCCUAAGCAAUUGACUAUACAACCCGCCCCAAUACAUGCGACAUCAUCCAACUCAGCCGAACCGACUCAUUCUGACAGCUGGUCGGACUGGGCUUGGUCAUGGAUGCCUGUCUGGAAUAAUGCGGGCAUCGAAGAGACACCAGCACCUGCAACUCCCGUACCAGUCUCAUUUACUGCGCACUUUGGUAUCAUUUCCGUGCUGUUUAAGGUAGCAGAACGCCACGGCACUGUUCGUAAGCGCGCACGUAGUAUUCUAGAACUAAACGCAACGGAUGCGGUCAUUAAGAGUUUUAUUUGUUCGCCAACUCUAUUUCGCCUCAACUGCGGAGCUCGCACGAUAACCUUUGCCGGACACGGAAAGUGUGUGUGCGGUCACACGGAUAUAAACGAUGUACACGACGAGGCAAGAAUUUUCUUGAGUAAAAUAGAACAACCAGACGAACAGCCCUGGAGUUGGGUGGAUGAAGAGUUAAAUGAGCAAAUCGCUGAGGCCACUGAGGCGGUUGAGGAGAAGGUGGAAGAGUACACUGAAGAGUUACAAGCACAAGCCGAAAACUUAGGUGUCGGUAAUCGCCAGGAUGCACCAAAAGCAGAAGAGGAGGAAAUGGAUCAAUUUUGGAUAAGGAUGGCUCCAGUUCUUUAUUUAGAGUAUAGUCAUGAGAGGUCGCCAGCCAACGAAUAUGAGAAUCCAUAUGACAAUCCACCGAGUGACUUUCAGUACAGCGAUUGGGUGGAAGAGUGCACCAUGAAAGUGUUAAUUCGGCCAAUGUUAUGCAAUGUGUCAACGGGACUGUUUCAUCGUGUUGCACUUGUGAAAAGUUUUUAUGACGGGGUCCUUUUACCGGCUCCAGUAGAAAUCGCUAUGCGUAAACUUACUGUUGAAGAAUGUGACGCGUUAACAGACAACUUACCACUGAGACACGCUAAAAUAGACAUAACAGGUUUUCGCGUGCGCUUCAUACCAACAAACCACUUGCAAUCCGAAGUUCCAGUACGACCGCCACUCAUACUUGAUGUGCAAAUACCAACCACAUCGAUCACGGUCACUGCACCUCUCUACCCUCACAGGGUAUGUUCAGCAGCAUGCCAGCUUGAAGAUAGCGGGUCAUUGAACCGAGCAUCUCGUUUAUAUACGUCAAUAGAAUCAACUAUCCAAGUUGGCGUUUGUACCCUCAACGACGAGCCGCCGCGACCGUGCGCGAGGAUACGCGUACGCUUCUUGAUAAACUUGCUGCUACAUAAAAAGUACUUCGAGCAUAAAGAUAUUAUCCAUUUUGGGAUUACCAUGAGAAUAAGAGAGGCGAACGUGUGCGGAUCGGCGGCUCGCUUACAGGCAGCGUACCAAGUGGCCCAGUCGCUCUCUAAGGGCAAUUACACAGAUCACUUACGUCACACCACUGUCGUCAACGAUGCGCUACAUGACGAUGAUUAUGUUGCCGUUAACAUCUCAUUAGAAGAGCUACUGUUGCGCAGAUUCGUUACGACCAAUAUCACUACACACUUCAUGACGCUCAACUCCAUCAAAGCUACCGCAAUCCAAUCUCCGGUUGGUGGUGAAUUAAAGCAAGUGUGGCUACUUUCUGCACCAGAAGUUCCAACUUCUACACCAUACAUAAAAGCAAGUUGGCAAUGUUGUAUGGAUCCCAACGCCGUUAACGCAAUCGAGUAUUUGAAUAUAUCGGUCAAGCCCACCGCAUUGAGUAUCGAUCCUAUGCUAGUCACCUGGAUGAGCUACCGCUCCAAAGUGUUACCGAUACCGCAGAAUGAAUCCAUACCCCAAAAUCAAAGUUUAAAAAAUGCCUCUUCUUCACAAUACUUGUCUCGGAGACGAGUCACACCGCCUUCAAGCGGUCGAGGUGCCAGUCGUUCGGGGUCUGGUGCAGAACUAGUUCAUAUGAGAACGAAGAGCGUGGAUUCAAGCAGUGAGAAAAGUGAAAAGAAAGAACCGAAACACCCUCCACAAGAGAGCCAAGAGACCGACGUUUGGUGGAAAGGCGUAAAUUUGUUACAUUUGCACGAACGACUCAAACGCCUGCUGGUCGGCGUCGAGGUGGGCCUCAUCCAGAUAUACGUAUCUUCGACCUCUGUGUCUUCACUCGACUGCGUUACGGUUAGAGAUGCUAUGGAGCGACACGUCACCACUGCGCAUCGGGUAUUUGUUAUCAGCGUUGGCCGUUUACUUCUGGAAUCAAAUCCACAAUCGCAAAAUUGCUGGACAAAUAUCAACUUCGACCGUCCUACGUUCCAUAGACCGAGACGUGAUACUAACGCUCAAGACGACUCAUUUCCCUGGAAGGCGCUUGUCACUGACAUGUCCUGCUACACAUUACAAGUGAGACCGGGAACAGAACGUUCUGGAAGGGAAAAAUCAAUGUCAGGACUUCGGUCUCAGUUGAAACCGUCACGGGUGCUUGUACCGCAAACCGUGCUGGAAUCCAAUACAACGAGUAUCACUGUGUCAGUGGUCACUAAGAACUUAAUAAUCAAGACCGGUAAGAAAAGUGACCCAAGACCGAAACGCCACGACCACAACCGGGAUGAAGAUAAGACGAAGUACUUCAUGACGGGGUCCGAUUUCAAACCUUCAUCCUUGAAGGAAUUUAUUCGCGGUCCGGCAAAGCGAGGUAAACUCAGUCCCGAGCCAGGACCAUCGGAGCCAAAUCCGGACUCACCACCAGACCCCGCCAAUGUCACAACCGGUCCAAUCAUCUCGUUAGGUGUCCACCUCCACGCCGACACUCCUCCAAUCAUCGUCAGGCUGGAACAAGAUCAGGUUCAAACCGUGGCCAUUGCAAUGCACUGCUUCGCCCAUAUAAUGUCACUGCUUCGUAGACCACCUGUGACAGUUAAACCAAGAGUGUCUUCAUUUGGGAGCACAAAGAGAUCACUUACAAGAUCAAUAUCCGAACUCGAACCAAGACCGAGUGUAUCCGAAGAGACUCCGAGCGAAAACCCUUCCGAGCAGCUGAUUAGCAUAUUCGAAGCAAAAGAUCUUAAUACUCCAGAUGACGCCUUGACGACGUUCUUUUGGUUUCAAUGGGUGGUGAGUCGUGCAGCGCUCCUGAUUUCUUCGUCUCAUGUGAAGCUGGCAUUUGAUUUAGAAGACGCCAUGGUAACUGUCGAUGUUCAAGAAAAAUACAACCAGCUCAAGAUGAAAAUAGCAUCGGCUUCAGUGCGACACUAUAGACGCACGAGCAACACUGAGUGGGUGCCUGGUGUGUUGGGUGGCCGUGUACUUGAAAUUCGCGAACCAACUCAUGCAAAUGCUGGUUACCAAUUCUUCACAGUCACGGUCACUCAGGCCCUGAUAGAAGACUUGCCCGAUCACUGGAGAGAUGACUUACAUCCCAAACUAAUAGAAUACAACAUCUUAAAUAAUGUGGACACCAUGUGGGAAGUGUACGGAACACUCGCACCUCUAGAGGCCGUGCUUCAGCCAGAUAUAUUGGAUAAUAUAAUAACCUGGGUGUACGAACUAACACCGCAUACAGCUUGCUCGCUGCAGACUCGGCAAAUGAAACGGGAGGCGUGGCAGUGGCCGUUCUUUUACUUCACAGCUGGUGGUCUAAGGCUGCUGUUAACAACUUCUGAGGAGGUCGAAAGUGAUGACGACGACACGAUAACGCUAGUAUUAGGCAAAAUCACCAUCAGCCCGCACCCGGAAAACCCGAUUUGCAGACAAUCGGUCAGUACAAGUUCAGAUAACACCUGGACGGCUCUAUGUCCAAGUUUGGACAGUCGUCAAUACGAAGUGUUGGUACGACAUGUAGCAAUAAGUUCGGCCAAGUUCAGUCAACUCGUUAAUCAGGAGGUAACAGAGUCGCAAAUCUUGAAAGGCACCGGUCUUGAAAAUCCCGCUCUAAAAUGGAGUCAGCCGGUUGUUUCACCAGUUAUUACUCCAAUUCUUCACUCCGUUGAUAUAGGUUGCAUACUAGCGCCAGCGAUUUUUAGCUGUGGUGGACUGGCUAGCGGGCCCGCGGCGGAACUUAACCUGCUGUCAGACUGCUCGAUAGAGAUUGGGAUGCAGAAUCUUGAGCUGGUGCGAAUCUUUGCAGAGGAACUGAAGCCUGUUUUUAGACAAAGACGCAGAGGUUCAUUCCUUCUCGAUGAAGAAAACGUUACAUGUCCAUAUGUUUUACAUGAUGGAAAUUUGCAACCAGAUGAAUCUUCUCCAAAUGUCAUUGAACAGACGUCCCCAAAAAUUCAAAAAGCACCUAAAAGAAAUACAGAAAUAAAUCGACCUUGUUUGAUUGACUCUGGUGUCGAAACAACUACGUCCCACUCUACUUAUAAAAAGGGUCGUAAACUCAUACCUAUCAAGAAAUUAGUCGCCAAACCUUGCUUCGAUUUUACGGCAAACCCUUCCGAUUAUUUGGAAGUAUUCGUGACAACGGGAGUUAUUGACAUAUCCCUCUACGUAAGGGAUGAUAAUUCCCGAGAAGUGCGAGAUUUACGUCCUCCGGUCGGCGUAUAUAAAAAACGUGCACCCAAAGAACCCCGGAUAAGGGUUGUAAUUGAUGAUAAAAAUGAAUCGAGAAUGGAUGAUGAUAGAGUUUCAAUGACCACGAGCAGAAGUCUCACUGAGAAUAUUCGAAAUGUGGACAUCGGAAAGACUAAAUUAGAUGAAAAACAUACUCUGCCAUUAGCAAGGCAUGCUACAGGAAAUUUGCCAUUAAUUCACGCGACUCUCCACCAACCCAAUUUAUAUUAUUGGAACCGGAGGAAACAGAAAACCGUUCAGGUAUCGCUAUUCAAUGCCUGGGUAGGUCUUGGGGUUGGUCAGCAAGAGGAUCAAUGGAAUUCCCCGAUACUUGACACUACAAAAGGGACGCCGGAUCCCGUCACAGACAUACCACCAACACUUGCGACCGCGCGCGUUGAUUUAUCAUUAGAAGGAUUGACAACAUUGGGCGAGCCAAGCGCCAGAGGCGUUGUGCAAUUGGAUGUCGAAAGACCACUUAUGUUUGAAGUAUGCACAGAUAGACUUCGAAGAAUCAAAGGCAUUGUGGAUCUGGUUAAGAGACACAUAACAACGAAAGAUACAGUUUGUGAAGAAACAGAGGAAAUAUCGAAUCCAUUUUUGUAUAAUGUUCGACGCAAUUUGGUUGGUCACCGAAUCGAGUGCGUAAUAAUACAAACGAAUCAAUUAGCCAUACGUGGCUCGGAAGGCGUUGUGGGGUGCGAUGCCGUGCGGAUACAGCUGGCAGCUUGCGAGCGACCCGACAUGUUGACCUUCCGAAGCCUGAUCACUGCAGCAGUACUAACAGCUGGAUCUGAGGAGGACAAGCGACAUAUUAUUUUACAACCGCUCAUGGCUGGGAUUUUAUUCGAAGCAAAUUGGGAGGCUUGGAGGAUAGAAGAAGGGGGUUCAGAUCUUCUCGUUCCAACUCUGCGAGUUGGUGUAGACUUAGACAAGAUAAUCUUCGACUUAAGACCGGCAGAUUUGGCUACUGCAGUCCGAUUAUACGAAACCGUGAAAGAAAUACUUGGAUGGGUAAAGAUGACGCCCUCGGCUGAUUUUACAGCAAGCAAAGAUUCAGAUAAGUCAACAAUAAAUGAGUCGACUGCAUUUUCAAACGAUCAGGCCUCUUCGGAGUAUGAUGAUGCCAAUAACCACUUUUAUAAGGAUGAUUUGCGAAGCGGCGCUUUCAAGGUUGUGUCAGGUUGUCAUCAGCCAUUGGCUUACCAGGUUGCAUUACACGGAACUAUGUUGACAUGGCGGUAUCCGCAUCCGCGAGCGAUCACUCGACUCAUCGUCUAUCCAGUGCCAGACUUGCAAGACGACGAAAUCGAAUGUGUGUUAGAGUUGUACUGUCCAAUGUUGGUGCGCUGGGAGCCGCAGACGUAUUUCAAGCUGCCGAUAAAGGAAUCAAUAGAGAUGCUUCUUAGUUCAUCACCGAGUGAGGCAGUGUUUGCGAUAUUGUGGCGGAUACGAACAUGCUCUGAAUCGGAUCAUAAACUACCAUUUCACUUUGAGGCCAGAAAAUUUAUGCCACGAGAAGAUCCAUUAACAGCCGAGACUCCACCCUCUAAAGACUACUCCAAGAGGUCGUAUAACGUGACAGCUGAUCAAAUGUCGGGGGUAUUACGUGUGGAUUCUUACUUCGGACCGUUGUUCCUGCCUAGAAACCGCGUCGCUGUGCGGCUGGCUGCUAUGGAGAUACAUGCGCACAAUGAUAAUACUAUCAUACCUAGGCAGUCAUCUCAAAUUGUUGAGGGUUACUAUGCUUCCCGACCACAUGUGCGGAAUCAUCGGAUCCUAACGCUGCGCGCGCGCGACUUCGCCAUACACUGCGUGUUCGGUUCUACCACGAAACUACUUCUCGAAACAUAUCUCUCGAGCGAUAUAAUAGACUGUGCUAAUGGGACUAUGGAGAAAUUCAUCAAUGAAUUUCGCGCGCAAGGCACUGUAGCUUAUGGCGUUGACAACCGGAUUCGUUUUCGCGUUGGCGACAUUCGCGUGGUAUUACAUGUCGCACGCGUCAGCACCUUGAGAUCUCUGGUAGAUGACUGGAGCGCCGUUUAUAAAAAGAACGUUCUACAUAUUAAUGAAAAUGUGGAGUUGAAAAAGCGUGAGGGCAAUCCUACGGCAGCUCUCGCCGGCCGCAUUACGUUAUGGGUACACAAUAAUUGCACUAGCGUUUUGCGCAUCGCGCAAGAAGGGACCGACGAGCUGAUACCGAUAAGCCCCGGGGCUUCGUUGUCGUAUAGAUGGGCUUCACCUGGAGCUGCAAAGAGGUUGAGGUUCUCGUUACCAACCACAUCUUCAAACUGGCGUUGGUCCAAAAGCAUUCGAUUUACGGCUGGUUCGACACGCAUUCGUCUAGAAGAUAAAGAUACAUCCAUGAAUACAAGGGGUGUCUUUUUGCACGUGCGUGUCACAGAAAGCGGGGCCCGACGAGACAUGUACCUGUCUGGAAGACUCGUGUUUGCGAAUUUACUGCGUCAUGACUUUGCGUACAAGCUUCGGGUGCGAAGCUCCGCAAACAGCCCCUGGCAAAUAAUAAGUUCAAACAAUUUGCUAGCAGAAAGCGUCGGCCUAAGUGUUCUGUGCGAUCUCGAUUAUGAGGCAUCCUUCAAGGUUAGAUUCAUGUCGAACGAAAACAGUUGGUCUGGCGAAAUACCGCUUCGAGAAUGUAGAAAACGAAAUAUACCCUGGCUUGUCAAAAUUCCAUGUGAAGAGAUGGCGGAGUACAUGUCGGUGUGGUGUCGAGUGACCCCUGUCAAAAACGACGGUGGUAUUGUCUCGUCAUUCUGGCCGUUCUACAUGAUACGUUCGCAUCUCCCUCUGAACAUUGAUGUACGGAUAUCAUCGGGUGAGAGUCUUGUGCCAUCCGCACCUGUGACAUGCGAUUAUCCGCUCACCGUACAUAAGGCGGAAGGUCGUGGUGCCAUAACUCACCUCAUGGCUCCAGGAACUACUUCUAUAAGACACAAACUCACUUUCCAGUACAGGGACAUCGACUGUCCUGUUACGCGAGAUGCGGUGUUCUUACAUUAUGGCAUGACUGAGACGUCCGUUUUUGACAAACGGACAACCAUGAAUAAUAUAGAUGACGUCUUAAACCUCAUAAACCAGUGGUUGGAAAAUUCUCGAGAAGUAUGUAAAAAGUGGCCGUACUCAGUAGUAACCAAUCAUUGGCGUGGUGUUUGGGAACCAGCAUACUUACAGCCACGGUGUGACGUCAAUAUACGAUACGAAGCAAUUCGAAUAGGCAGUGGCUGUUCACUAGAACUGAUUGUGAGCCCCAUUGUGUUGCUCGCGAACGCUUCUCCAAUAUCGUUAACACUACGCGGCCACGACGGAGCACCGAUGUGCCGACUGGAGCCAGGGGUUGUGAUUGCUCCUCCCACCGCAAUGUUACAGAAACCUUUCUUCAUGUCAGUGGAGAUAGGUCGAGAAACAUUCGUGAGUGGCAAACUGGAAUUCUGCCAGGAAGAGCUUGGUCGAUACGGACAACCUGCGCCGGGGCAAAUUGCACUUGAAAAGCCGGCCACGUUUGCUGUGCAAUGUAACCAGAAGGUGGCACUCGUAACAAUGUAUCACGAAAUAAAGGACGACAUGAAUAUCCUCGGGAUAACAUCCAGCUACGUCCUGAUUAACUGGCUAAAUACCGAUGUUUUGGUAUCGGCGUUAGCCGUCCCGAACGAAACGGAUAAUGCGGUUCUGCGACCUAAAGUAUUUAAAAUUGUUCCACCGACCCAUAAAGAUAGUCUAAAUGGAAGUCCCCUGUGUCGUUUCUGGAUGAGCGGUCGCUGGCGAGGAGGCGAUGCGGAUGAAUUACGAGCGUUCAUUUGCGUCGCUUUUCCCACUAAAAUCUAUCAAGCAAACACCCCGGUACCCAUACGGCUGGGGGUGGCGCCAGUUCGAAGAUCGAUUGCUUUAAAGGACAAAAAUGGUCGAUCCGUGCCAGUAGUAGUGACGCAGUUGCGGCACGAAGCACGAUGGAUUGUGGCUUUUUCAGAAGAUCGGUGCCCACAAUUUGUGGUGCACAACCACACAAAAACGAUCGUUGCCAUCGCGCAACCUACUGAAAAUGAAGACUGCACAAACCCAAUGAAGCCGGCACAAGACUGUUUAGGCGUGCAGUGGUGGUGCGUAGUUGAAUCGAACACUGUCGUGCACUACUCGACGCCCGCGUACUGCGCACGUUAUCCGCCGCCGGCGCAAGCGGGACGCGCACCAACUCCUAUCAUAAUUAUUGGAGUCAGCAGAGGUGAAGGGAUUUUCGAAUGGAGCCAACCGAUCGCGGUAACAGAUGGAGAGCAGCUUUUACAUCUCUCUGGCGGCGUUACGAUGAAAAUGCGCGUGCGCACACAGCCACAUUCUACACCCUUAGAGUUGCAGGACGUGGACCAAAAUGACAUAUCAGCGAGUGACAUCAGACGCAGGCUCGGCAAAUAUUCCGCAGAGAGCCAGUCGAAACAAACACAAGAAAAACAAGAAACAUCCAACGUUGAAUUCCAACGAGUCGGACCAAAAUAUUUUAAAAACAAAUCAUCAAGAGGCACGACGGAUGUGAAUAAAGACAAUGCGGCCAGUACAUCUGCUGAAGAAUCCAAACCAUCGACUUCUAAACAAGUUCAAACAGAGUACGGACGCAGGAAAAGCGACUUAGCAAGAGACUCGGCGGUGACGACGGCGGGGACGAUCGAAGCCGAUGACUCGUCUCAGAUGAAACGCUCCGAGUCGGAGCACGAAGACAUCCCACAGGCGUAUCAAAACGAGUUAAUCAGCGAUUCGACAGUGGCCCGUAAAGAUUCCUCCGAUUUUUCUGAAACAUCAUAUCUCUUGGAAGGUGUCUCCCAAAAAGAUUGGUUGGAUAGUAGCAAACUUUGGUCGGAAAAGGAACGAUUCCGAUGUGUGAUUGACAACGUGAUAGUGUCCGUGGGCGCCUCCUCCGAUUCGAUACCUUUACUCGCUCUCCACCUGCAGCGAGUGGCGUUGAUCGUGCAGGCUGAUACUAGGAUGAUAAAAACCACGGUCGCAAUAGCCGACAUCCAGCUAGAUAACGCUCAAUAUGACACUGAGCAAUAUGAUUUUGCUGUUGUUGCCACUACGCGUUGCGAAGCUUAUCCAUUGGAGCCCUGGCCUGCGCUAUGGGGGAUGUUCAAUGACAGAAUCCCUAGUCGUGCCGCCAAGGCCAGACUAUUGUUAAAGACAUGCCAUGACCGGUGGACCGUGGCCAAUCGAAACUAUCAAGAAAUAACUGAAGUAGAAGUUCUGCUGGGUCCUAUGGGUCUCUACAUAGAGGACGAAUACGUCGCUGCGGCGCUUGAACUCUACCACUUAGCUGUGCCACCAACCUCAAAAAUACAAACGUCCGAGUCGAUCGCCAUUGCUGAAACUUACACGUUACAGCGUCCGCUUAUAUUAAGGAAGUUAAUUAUUCACCCCCUCGACAUAACUUUGACCCUACAUACCGCGGUACGUAUGUACAUAGCACUUGAUGAAAGUCCAUUACGUCUCAGCGCCUUUCAAAUCCACGAUGCGAUGACGUCACUUGAAGGAUUGAAACAUGCACUCACAGUGCAUUACUUAUCAGCGGCUAUACUUGGUGCAGGGUGGGUGGUAGGUGGUCUUGAGCUAUUAGGUGCUCCGGGUGCGCUAGCUAGCCGAGUUGGAAACGCUGGUGGUGGCGUCAAAGGCGUUGCUUCAGCCGCUGCUGGAGCCCUAUUGCGUUCGCUAAGCUCAGCGGCUGGGUCGCUCGCAAGGAAUCUGGAUUUGCUCGCUGGAGAUGAAGAUCAUGCUAAGAGAGCUGCUGCUGCUAGGAGACGACCACCGCCCAACCUAAUGGCAGGUCUGGUUACUGGCGUCACCAACUUUGCUAUAAACAUUCUUGGUGCAGUGGGUGGUAUAGCCCACCACCCGCUCGUAGGUGUAGCGGUAGGUGAGAGCGAAAGCGGUGCGGCAGCAUUAAGACGCGGUCUAGUUGGUGCUAUCACGAAACCUCUGAGUGCCACCGCAGAUUUAGUUGCUUUUGCUGGACAUGGACUACUGUCUCAGACAGGCUGGGACCCCGUACCUCAGCCCCGGGCUACCACCACUUAUGGUAUGGAAAAAGGUACCUUACCCAGUGGGUGGCGACGUGACUGCGUGCGAUAUGGAUUCCGUUAUGCAGACCUGGGUGUUAUCUCCGGCUUCAAGGCGCUGAUCGAUGACACUGUCUAUCAGCUAAUUAUAACGCGAAAGUUCCUCAUUAUAAUCGAUCCAGAAACGGAGCGUUUGGUCGAAAUGCUGGACUUUAAAAAUUGUUCACUUGGACCAUAUCGAGGACAAAUCAUUGAGUUGAUUAUUGAGCUCCCACCGCGAUCUCCAAAAGUUGUCGAACCACGUGAAGAAGAAGAGGAAGAAGAAGAAGAAGAAGAAGAAGAAGAAAACCUCGAUGUAGAGGUAAGCGCGGUGGCCAUGGCCCGGGUGGCGCGCUACACUGGCACGGAGGAGUAUGAAAAGAAAGAGGAGCGCGUGAUCACACUGCUGUGUCUACCCGGAACUGCGCAUGCGCUGCGUGCCACUCUAUGCGCUGUGCUGCACUCCACAGUCGACACGCAUUUCUGCCUACUGUAAAUUUAAUAUAGUCAAUCAACCUAUAUAAACAAAUUCAUAAGAAUUUGUCGUUGUGGUUUGACCACAAAAACAAAUUUUUACCAUUUAUUAAAUGUAUACUUACGAGUACUCUACUCACCUCGCUGUAAGUUUUUAUAUCACUUUCCAUGACCAGCACAGAGCGAGGACGCUCAAAUUUUUCUAAAAUAUAUACGCGCAGUAUUUCCAUAUUACUUAUAACAAAUAACUCAAAAAAAAAAAAUUAUAAAGCAAUACAAAUACAAUUUAUAGAAUUUUAUGUGACAAUGUUUCUGCAAAUUUAAUCAAUAUUGAAAUCACCUGGCAAAUUUCCAUGUUAUGACAUAUCACAAGAAACGCUUUACCGUCGCGUUUCAUCGUGACAUUUGAGUGUCUAUCACAUGAUAGUAUGUCUGUGUCACAAUAUGACGCAUAGUUGAAGAAUUAAACGAAACACCAGCCCUCGGCGACGACAUGAGUACAUCAAAAUUUACUAACUGAAGGAAUAAUAUCAUGAAUUUUCGUUUAUGUUAUAAUUGAAGUUACGUUAAAUAUUUAAAUUAAAAGAUUUUUUAACUAUUAUCUACAUCUUCAAUUACACGCGUUGGUAUAAAUCACAAUAUCAUUCCAACCUGAUUCAAUAAUACAAAGUAUUAUGUAUUUAUGUUAAUAUUAUUUUAAUAAUGUAUUUGUGACAAAUACUAGAUGAGUUUUGUCGAUUGCAACAACAUUUAAAACUAAAAUAUUCUCUUUAAAGAGAUAAUACAACAGAUACUGCCUGUAUAAAAACGGUUUUUCAAAUCUCAAUAAUUUUUAUUAAUGUUUCUGUGGGUUGGAACAUUCCUGCUCAAUGCGGUCUUACGAUACUCUUCACAAUGUAUUCAAAUAUUAAAAAUUAAUUAUUAUUAUAUUAUACAUAUGCUCAUAUAAACUAAAAAUAUGCAUUCUUGUUUAAGUUAAACAAUAAAUAAUUCCAAGUAAUUGAAAGCUACAAGUCGUCUCGCCACGAUAAUAAUUUAAAUGAUUUCUAGAAAUUUUCCAUCAAAACUGUUCUGUAAUAAUUGAAUGCGUAG